AUGGCACCCAAGGCUAAGCCCGCCCGCGUCCAGGAGAACGUCCAGCUCGGUCCUCAGACCCGUGAGGGUGAGCUCGUUUUCGGCGUUGCUCGCAUCUUCGCUUCCUUCAACGACACCUUCGUCCACGUUACCGAUCUUUCCGGCCGUGAGACCAUCUCCCGUGUCACUGGUGGUAUGAAGGUCAAGGCCGACCGUGACGAGUCCUCCCCCUACGCCGCCAUGUUGGCUGCCCAGGACGUCGCCGCCCGCUGCAAGGAGCUCGGCAUCACUGCCCUCCACGUCAAGAUCCGCGCCACCGGUGGUAACGGCACUAAGACCCCCGGCCCCGGUGCCCAGUCCGCUCUCCGCGCCCUGGCCCGUGCCGGCAUGAAGAUCGGCCGCAUCGAGGAUGUCACCCCCACCCCCUCGGACUCUACCCGCAGAAAGGGUGGUCGCCGUGGUCGUCGUCUGUAG